GAUUUGGACUAUUCGCAGUGUUGAAAGCCAUCAAGUUGAUGUGGAAAAGCCGUUAAACAUACCAAAAUUAAAAGAUUGUAUACUGAAUUGCGAAGGCGAGUUCCGAUGCGGUAAAUUGCCUGUGUGCGAGCAUCUGGAUCAUCAUUACGAUAUGACAAAUGGUCAGAACAGUGAUAAGAGUGCAUUUUUGAUUUUUGGACACAAUGGACUACGCAAUCGUUUGGCAAUGAUAUUGAAUACUUGCGACAUGCUGCGUAUGUCCUGGGAUGAUGAACUAGCAGAGUUGUCCAAUCGCCAUCAUAGAAACUGUGAACGCAAAUUGGCUUGCAGCUCAAAACCGCCAAAAACAAUUGUAGGGCUUAAUCGGGAAAGUCAAUUGCAACAGAAAAUGUUUUCUGGAAACAGCACCCACUUGGCGAGAAAUCAUUUUUUUCACGAUAAUAUCUAUUCUACAAACUUUAUUGAGUCCGCCGUGGGUAACUGGUAUAUGGAGCAUACAUCAGUGGAGUUUCCCACGCGUACUAUAUCCAAUGAAAAUGAUUACUAUCAGCUGAUGGGUGAUAACAGCUUCACGCACAUUAUCAAUCCACAGACCUAUCGAGUCGGCUGCUCCUAUGCCCGGUUUCCCAACGGUCUCAGUUUAAUCUGUUAUUACUUUCCCUAUGUUCGCAAUACGAAUAAUACGUUGUUACUGCGCCUCAAGCCCAAGGAUUAUCAAUGUCCCUAUAACUUUCCGAUUUCAGAUCCAGUUUUCAAAAGGCUCUGUGGAUAUGCUGUCUAUUUGUAACACUUAUUUACCGAACUUAUCCAAUUAAAUAUGUACUUAAACAGUUUGACAAAUUUGUUGU